AUGCUGAAAUUGCAUUUACGAAAAAUAUCCACUAUGCCUACCAGUAGCGUCAAUUACCCCCAAGAGUUUAUUCAGUUCUUGAACUCUUCCCCAACCCCUUAUCAUGUGGUACACAAUAUGAAGAAACACUUGCAGGACCACGGUUUCCAGGAACUUGACGAGCGAGAAUCGUGGCAUGGGAACGUAAAGAAGAAUUCUAAGUAUUUCGUGACCAGAAACAAUUCUUCGAUUAUUGCAUUUGUAGUGGGUGGCCAAUGGGCUCCUGGUAAUCCUAUCGCCAUUACUGGGGCACACACAGAUUCUCCAGUCCUGAAAAUAAAGCCAAUUUCAAAGAGAAGCUCUGAGCAAUACGCACAGAUAGGUGUGGAAUGUUAUGGAGGAGGCAUAUGGCACUCAUGGUUCGAUGCAGACUUGUCAAUUGCUGGUAGAGUCUUAGUAAAUGACAAGGCAAGUGGCAAAAUAAUUUCUAAACUGGUCGACUUAAAGAAACCGCUGUUGAAGAUUCCAACUUUGGCCAUUCAUUUGGAUCGUGAUGUAAACCAAAAGUUUGAAUUCAACAAGGAAACUCAACUUUUGCCUAUUGCCGGAUUAGUGAAGAAGUCAACUUCUCAAUCUUGUUGUGCCGACAAAACAGAUUUGAAGGAGAGCGAAUUCCUUUCGGUGAAGUCUAUAAUCGAAAGGCAUCACAAAGAUUUGCUGGAUCUUGUAGCCAAGGAUAUUUCCAUCAAGGAUGUCACAGAGAUCGAGGAUUUCGAGUUGAUUCUCUACGACCACAAGCCAUCUUGUCUCGGUGGGUUGCAUGACGAGUUCAUAUUUUCAGGACGCUUAGACAACUUGACUUCGUGUUUCACCUCGAUGCAUGCUCUCACAGAGGCAGCGGAUACGAAUAUUCAGGAUGAGACUGGCAUCAGGCUAUUAGCAUGCUUUGAUCAUGAAGAAGUGGGAUCAUCUUCUGCGCAGGGUGCUGACUCAAAUUUCCUCCCAAAUAUCAUGGAAAGACUGACAUCCUUGAAGUGUGACGGAACCGACAAGACAAACCCUCUUGGCAGAAAUUAUUUGUUAGAGUCUUCUGCGAAAUCCUUCUUUAUGUCUUCAGAUGUCGCUCAUGGCAUUCAUCCAAAUUAUUCAAGUAAGUACGAGUCUCAGCAUAAGCCUCAAUUGGGUGGGGGCCCCGUUAUCAAGAUCAAUGCCAACCAACGUUAUAUGACAAAUUCGCCUGGCUUGGUGUUAGUGAAGAAGUUAGCUGAUGAGGCCAAGGUACCACUACAAUUAUUUGUUGUUGCUAAUAAUUCACCUUGUGGCUCUACAAUUGGUCCCAUUCUGGCGUCCAAGACAGGGAUUCGUACAUUGGAUUUAGGUAACCCCGUGUUGAGCAUGCACUCUAUCAGGGAGACUGGAGGGUCCGAUGACCUCGAGCUACAAAUCAACCUCUUUAGAAAGUUUUUUGAGAAGUACAGUGAGCUGGAGCAAAACAUCAUUGUAUGA